AUGAAGUUAAUAAGUGUAAUUAUUGUGAUAAUAUUAGGAAGUGAUUUUAAUUUAAUUAAGCCGGGAAUAGGAAUUUUUUUGAAUGACUACUGCGACAAUUGGAAGAUUGACGGCAGGAUUAAGUUAGAAGGAAAAGUCGCUGUUGUUACGGGAGCUACGGCGGGAAUUGGUUUGGAGACUGCAAAGGAUCUUUAUGAACGCGGUGCCACACUGAUAAUUCCAGCCCGAAACAUUCCAAAAGCUCAACAAGUCUCCGAAGAAAUAAAAAAAACCUCUAAUUCGUCUUCCAAGCUGAUAAUUUACCUACUGGACCUCACUGACUUCUCCAGUGUGCGCGCAUGCGCAGAAAAAAUUACUUUGGAUUUCCCGCGAAUCGACAUUUUGAUCAACAAUGCUGGAAUUGUAGUUCGCGAGUUCAAAAAAUCUAAAGAUGGCUUUGAGACUCUUCUGCAGACUAAUUACUUGUCGCCAUUUUUGUUUACCAUGCUGCUGCUGCCCUCUCUGUCGAGGUCUGAUCAUGCGAGAGUUAUUAAUUUGUCCUCUUUGCUUCAUUACGUCGGAAAAAUCAAUUUUGAGGACCUUAAUUUGGAAAACGAGGAUUUUAAUGUCUGGGCAGCGUAUUCUCAGAUUAUUAACGUUUUAAAUAUCCACGUUUAUACCGCGGAUCCUACAAUAGUCCGUACAAAAUUAUUCGACGACUUUUUUCCCGCGCAAAUAGCAAGUCUGAUUGAUCCAUUGUUAAAAAACACGCGCCAAGGCGCGGGAACUACAAUUUAUUGCGCAACUAGUCCUCAACUUGCCAACCAAACCGGUCUUUAUUAUAUAAACUGCGAUACAACAGCGCCAUCUCUGUACGCGUCAAAUCCAAGCCUAGCAAUGAAAUUAUGGGCCCGGACAAUAGAGCUCGUUGGUCUACCCAACGAUUAUUUGUCAACGAUUUUUAUAAUAUAA